AUGAGUCGUUUCGUAACAACGACAGUUCAAAGGAUACUCAAUGUAGAAACUUCGCUCAUUUACAUCAAUCGCGUCCACUGUAUUCCCUCAAAACUUCAUUGCCAACAAAGACAAUCCUACUUUUCAUCUUCAAAGCUUUAUCAGAAUGACUCUCCAAAAGUCAUCGAGACUGUUGGAGAAGAACGAUCAACUCUGAAAAGAAAAUUAGUCCGAUCACCUACGGGGAAAAGUUCUCUCAGACGAGUCGCUGUGGAAGCACAGAGAUCAAGAGAGAUCACUCAGCGUGUAAAAAAUUAUGAUGCAGAGCACAAUGAAAACAAAAGGGUCAUCGCAAUGUCUGUCGCUGACCAGUUUGAUAUGGAUGCUGUCGCACGCAUACUUCGGUCCCAUGGCUUUUCUAUCGACCCCGACACAACCGAAUUUGACACCGACCAGGUCAUACAUACUCGCGGGGUGAAAAAUGGUGAUAUAUUUGUAUUCCCUUCUGGAUCAUUGGUUGCAUGGGACUUGCCAGAGGAUGUAGUAUCUGAUAUGGCAACAAAAACGCUCUUGCCUGCAGCUAUUGACCCUCAUAUUGAUCAAAUUGAGAUGGAGGACUUGGGCUACAUAGAAGAUGUUAAACGAGAGAAUAGUAGUAUUAAGGCAGAUAUAAUUACCAUCGGAACGAAACCAAGCUCUUACAACGAUGAAUCAUCAGGUUCACAUGUUAAUACUACUCUAGCAAAAAUUGCAUUCUCCUCUGGUCUAGCUCGGUCAACAAAACUUGCUAUCCUCGAAACUAUGCUUCUCAGGUACUUUGAAUCUACGCGAAAUAUACCCAAACUGCUCUCGAAAGCUUCCCGUCUACCCUUUGACCGACGUUUUAUGCUUCAAAAGACAGGUGAAUUGAUGGAACUGCGCGCCCAGCUAAACCACUAUUCUGAGCUUACGGACUCACUUCCGGAUUUAUUUUGGGAUAGUAGACAUGAACUUGGGUUGGAGGGUUAUUAUGACCAGGUGGGGCGGGCACUUGAUGUUGGUGUAAGAAUAAAAACCUUAAACGAAAAAAUGGACUACGCCCAAGAGAUAGCUAGUAUCAUGCGGCAGACCCUAAGUGAAAAACAUAGUGUACAUCUGGAGUGGGUCAUCAUAAUCCUGAUAGCUGUGGAAGUUGGCUUUGAGCUUCGACGGCAAUGGAAAGAAAGAGAAACAAGUUGA